CAGACUGUGCCUUGGCCAAAGGCCUUGUGGAGCAGCUCUGUCUUGCAGGCCCUGCGGAAAGAUGUCAAUCCUGCAAGGCCCUAGUCUCUUGUGACAGAGCGUUCCACCAGAUUGGGGCCACAGCCGAAAAAGCCCUGGCUCUGGUUGAGGCCAGCCUAAGCUCCCUGUGGCCCAGGACCUUACACAGAUGGCAUACCUUUGACAGGGAACAAAUAUUAAGCGAAGGUAGACAUUAUCUGGAAUUCGCUCACCCUUCUCAAUAGGCAAAUUAUUGUUUCCUUUUGCCUCCUCCUCACAUCAGCCUCUUUCUUACUAAGGAAGCUCCAGAGGCCAAUUUCCCUUGACAUUGUCCUCUCUCACACACAACCCCCCCCAUCUACUUCAAGCUCUCCCGCUCUCCAAAUCAAAAGGUGUCUCUGUUCUCCAGCUGUUUCCCCUGCACCAAAGCGGACCCCCCCCCCACGAGCCCACUGAGGCAGAAGCUGGAAGGAGCGAUGGAGGGGGUGGGCGGGCAGGAGGGGUCAGUGGUGAGAGGGGAGAUGGAGGCUGUUCAACUGAGCAUCACUAGGUGGAAUGGGGCUGCAACCCCUUUGAAUGGAGUAGGACCGACCAAGCUUGCACAAGAUGGGGGCUGCCAACCUAUUUGCAGUUAGGUUGCAUGGGGGCGGGUUUGUCUCUGGCAGCCCCCCACCUCGCCCCCUCCCAUCCCCUAGGGAUGUUGGCUUGAUCUCUCUGCUCCAAAGAGGAUCUUGCAAUGCAAACCCUGUUGGGGGAAGAGGGCCCUAUUUUGCAGCCGGAUUGCCUCGAUCCCGCCCCCCCACGGGUCCUACGUGCCUCUCAUCCCCCUCCCCAAAUCCUUCCUCCCCUCCCAGCUGCCCUGUUUGUAGAUUCAGGGGGAGGAAAAGCAAAUCCUUCACCCUCCUCCCACGCCGAAAUAUGCUGCACCUCUUUCUCCCCUUCAACCGGCCAGCUUCUCUUCUGGGGCUCUGCAUGGAGACCCCCCCUCCCCUCCAACGUUGCCAUUUCCCUCCCCCUGCAAAAAAACCUUCCUGCCUCUCUAGGAAGCGCAGCUCGAUAGACCCAAGCGGAAAUCCUGAUCCCCCGCAAGCAAAGCUCUAUGUAAUCUCGUUUAUUUAGUGAGAAGGUCGCAGGUUCGAUCCCCGGCAGCGGCAGCCAAAGAGACCCCCCCCCUGAAAAAACGGCGGUGGAAGAAUGAUUUCCUUUCCCCCAACUCCCAACCAGGUGAUGGAGAAGACAGUCAGAAUUCAGAGUGGCCAUCACAGAUUUCCUUAGGAAUAAAAAAGGUAGCAUUUAAAUAUGCAGAAUGUACAAUGUGAUUCAGUCAGUGAGCACACUGAGUUCCCAUCAAUGAACUGAAACAGUGGAGACACCAUUUAAAGGCAUGCAUUGCGGAAAGGACUUCCGUGGGAGUGGAAUUCCUUCAAAACAUCACGGAACUCACACAGGGGAGAAACCAUAUAAAUGUAUAGAGUGUGGAAAAAGCUUCCUUUUGAGUAAACACCUUAAUGCACAUCAUCGAACUCACACUGGUGAGAAACCAUUCAGUUGUAUGGAGUGCGGAAAGACCUUCAGUCAGAGUGGAAACUUUAAAAGACAUCAGCGAAUUCACACUGGGGAGAAACCAUUUAAAUGCAUAGAAUGUGGAAAGUGCUUCAGUGAUAGUGGAAACCUUACAAACCAUCAACGAACUCACACAGAAGAGAAGCCAUUUAAAUGCAUAGUGUGUGAAAAGAGCUUCAAUUGUAGAGGAAACCUUAGAAGACAUAAGCGAAUUCACACAGGGGAAAAGUCAUUUAAAUGUAUGGCAUGUGGAAAGACCUUCCGUGAAAGGGCAAAACUUACCAUACAUCUACGAACUCACACAGGGGAAAAACCAUUUAAAUGCAUGGAGUGUGAAACAUGCUUCCGUCAUAGAGAAUCGCUGAAAAUGCAUCAAUAUACUCAUACAGGAAAUAAACCAUAUAAAUGUUUUGAGUGUGGAAAAUGCUUCAGUCAGAGAGAAUCGCUGAAAAUGCAUCAGUAUACUCAUACAGGAGAUAAACCAUAUAAAUGUUUUGAGUGUGGAAAAUGCUUCAUUCAGAGUGGAAGCCUUAAUGUACAUCUACAAACUCACACAAGGGAGAAACCUUUUAAAUGCAUGGAUUGUGGAAAUAACUUCAUUAAUAGUGGAACACUUAGAAGACAUCAGCAAACUCACAUGGGGAAAACAAUUUGAUUGUAUGUUUGGUUGCAGAAUAAAUCCAGGCACAUCUGGAGGAUAUGGACAUGUGAACUGCAUUUCUUCCACUUGGGUUUCAGGCCCUGCUAUCAGACUGAGACCACCUUGUUGGCUGUUACGGAAAAAUCUAGGUGUGAGGCUGCUCAGUCACCCAGCUCGUUGGGCAGGGCCCACGGGUCCCUGCGGAAUAAAGGAAGGAGUCCAGCCACCAACCGGAGCAAGUAGCUGUAGAUCAAAAUUUAUUGCGCAAUAGGUUCAAAGAGGAAUUUUGAACUCUGAGGAUGGGGUGACAAAGACUUUUAGAACUUUCCCACCAUAUCCCAGAAUACAGUUCGUACAGCAUCAUUGAUACAUCACUGACAUGUCACCAAAGGGGAGGGGUAGACAGAGGUUACACUAGUUCAACCUUGGCAAACAUGUCCAGACAAGUCCUUGGUACAAGAUUAGCAUAAGCAGACAUGUCAGGGCAAGACCCAGGUAUAAGAUGAGCACAGGCAAACACCUCUGAAGUCCCACCGCCCAAAGUACAAUAGAACUUCCUUUGCAGGUCUGGCCCCUUGGCAAGUUUGGUGAUGGGAUUAGGCUUUCCUUGGCCAACAAUCAGGUAAGCAAUUGUCACCUCUGGGAACUUCCUGGAGUCCCUUUGAAGGGGAAAAUAGAUUUGGAAUGAUUAUGUCUGGCGGGCAAAAAGGUAAAAGCUGUUUCCUGGUUCUGCGGGAUCUCUCCGUGGUUUUUAAUGCCGUUGACCACGGUAUUUGGUUACCUAUUUGUGAUAAAAAUAUAUACCUUACCCAACUUGUUGACAAUAAAGCUUUACUGGUCAGGUUGGCAA